AUGGCGCUGGAGGUGUUGGUGCAGGAUAUCUCCCAGAGUAUCAAGGAGCUCCAGGCAGCCUUUCUGGCAAAUGGUGGAGCUACGGCCAUCAACGAGUCGCAGACGGCCGUGCUCGCCCUGCUAGCUCGUCUUGAUUCGCUCUUCAUGCACGGACUGGAUAAGCGAUUCGCCAACAAGGAGUGUUAUUGGGAUUACGUGCAGCGCUUUUGCCGCAAAGAUGUCGUGCGUGAGAUCAAUCGGCUCAAGCUGGUUCGGACAGGUCGCGGCCGGUCACGAGCCUUUCUCAGACACGCUUUGAAUGAAUACUCCAUGGAGGCCUAUCUGAACAUGGUUGUCGAGGACGUGGUGUACAAGGGGCGAUACUACGCGGCCGAAGCCCACCUCUUCAACCGCGAGGGCAUUGAGCUGCUGAGCAUGAUCCUGUCCGGGCUUGAGACGCUGGCCUUCGAUCUCAACCUGGAUUCCUCAAGCCUGGAUCCCGUCAAAGCGGGGGGUGGCAUAGUCGCCACUGCCGAUGCCUUGCCCAGUGCCGCCACUUCCACGCGCUCGCGCACCAACUCUGGUGCCAACGGCUCGCCUGCCCAGGCUUCGUCUGAAGCCGUACCCUCACCCGAUCCCAUCGAGCCUCCCAGCCCCGCCCGGAGCCUAGCAACGCCACUUGCCACCGUGGGAGCGAGCGGUGUCGUUUCUGAGGUCACGUCUUUACCAGCCACCCUGGAAGCAACUGAACCCGACCAAUCGCAGCCACACAAUUUGCAGCGGGCUAUUACUCCACCCACAACUAUGACCACCGGGCCUCUUAUUUCCACCUCCGCUCUGGAAGAUACUGGGCCCAAAGGCGCUCAACCACGGCCAUCGCCGCCAGCCCCAAUUGCCUCUGAAUUGGCUGAAGAGGAAGUGCAUAGCGAGCCAAAUGUGGCUGAUGACGACAGAACCAGCCUCAGGCCCGACACGCUCACAGCUCGUCAUGCUCGCGCCGAGGACACUGCACACACGGUGGCGCCCACUAGCAACGAAAGUGCGCUUGUGAGCGAUGCAGUGACAGCGGCCAGUGCACCUACCAUACCAAACACCGUUGCUAGCUCCAUUGCUGAACAACCCUCAGAUCUGGUCGAAGAUGGGGAGAGCUGGGUCGACCGACGGGCGGCAGAGUACGAGUUGCGACGAGAGGCAGCUCCUGCAGCCAUGGGUACGGCCCAGCAUGACAGCAAUGACGACAAGCCAGACGCCUUUGAGCAAAAGAUCGAGGCCAUGCUUGCGUCCCCAGUCCGCAAGAUCGAGUCGUCAACUUUUGCAGAGAUGCCCAUCAGCCCCGAGGUGUCCGAAAACGCGACUGGAGCCUUGCCUUUGGAGGCCGACGCCCAAGCCAACACAACUGACACUGAGGAACUGAGUGCGACGGGUGAUACCUCGCCCUUGCCCUCGCCCUCGCCGUCGCCAGCGGUACAAGCAACUGCGACGGCGUCCGACUCUACCAAUAGCUUGCCGCUCCUGAGCAUUGAAGCGCUGCAAGGCUCCUUGGCUGGCACGCAUGCGGUUAAUUCGGUGGCGGAAUCGGACGAUCAGAGCUUCUAUGCCUCCCUUAUGCUCGAACUGCUGCACCCACCGGACAACGACAUUAUUGAUAUCUUUCACGUGCGCACCUAUGAUGGACCACGCGAGCGACACGCCCGACUCAUCAUCACGCCCCACAAGGUUUUCGUGGCACGAAAAAGCGUCAUGACUACGCAGACCGUGUUUGAGCUGGAGAUUGCCUUGGAUCUGCUUCGGCUGAUUGAUGUCUGUCUCAACGGCUUGGGCCUGGAGUUGCAUUACCAGUACUCCAACCGGCAGAUACGACGCUUUGCGGCCUUUACUGGCGAUAAGCAAUGCACCCAAGCCAUCAUCCAAGCCAUCAUGCGCGCGUGCGAACAGAGCAAUGUGCUGGAGGCCAAUUUUGGAACUUGCAAACAUCAAGCGUUAGCCUACUAUGCCAUGCCUGCUCGUGCUUGUGGCAUGCUCAAAGCCAGCGAAAGUGAGCACAACGCCGGAGGCGAGAGCGCGAUGCUGUGGCUUGUGUUGGAUGUGUCGAUGCAAAUGCUAAUGGCCUGUCGGGUGGGCUCAGUUGUCUUGCAGGGCCGCAUCGUAUGCAAGCGGGAGAACCUGAUCACGACUGAGUGGAAGCCUUACCUGUUGGCGCUUCGGGGUGACGCGUUGGAACAAAUGUCGUUCAAG